UUCUGCAAGAAGUUGGAAAAUUAGCCGCCGGUGUCGCCACCAUUGCAACAAGCGGAACGGCUGGAGCGGGAUCUGCUACUGAUGAUAACAGGACUAUCUCAGAUGUUUGGUUCUGCAUUCACCCAUGUGCAGAAUUGGUUUGGAAUGGCGAAGCGCACCAGUACCGUUGGAGUUGAGACAACGAGUAGUCUGUCUCCAGCGUCGGGACGCCACACAGUUGAGCGUCAACCCACAACUUCAAACGCUCGUUCUACGAAUCGGUUUCGACGAAAUAUCGCGUACGAAAAACGAACGCGUAGCCGAUUGAUCGAUAAUAAUUAACUGUUUAUGUAAAUUUGAUCGAUUGAUUAAUUAGUUAAAAGGUUAUGCGACAUCUUGUAAGUGUCGUUUGUUGUUAAUCCAUUCAUGUUUUUUAUGCUCGAUGCGCUGUUUGAAUUGCUGUUGUUGGAAAAGCUCAAGUGUCCAUCAGGAAGGUGAUGAAUACAAGAAGUGCGAAACGAGGAAUGAGGACAAAGGCGGAAGUGAUACCAGCGAAAAGGAUUCCAAUAAAAAUGUAGAAUGCGACAACGAAGGUAAUCCCAGAAAUAAACAUGCCCUUUCUCCGGGUCAUUCCCUCAUGGACUGGAUUAGGCUGGGCAACUCGGGGACCGAUUUGACAGGCGUUGGGUCUCAAGCGGGCCGACUUUCGGUAACGCAUAAGGAGUUGGCCCGGCACAAUAAAGAGACCGACGCCUGGUUGGCGAUUCGGGGAAAAGUUUUUAACAUCACCCAUUACAUUCCUUAUCAUCCAGGAGGUCCAGAGGAAAUAAUGAAAGGGGCUGGAACAGAUGCAACGAAACUGUUUGAACAGGUUCAUGCCUGGGUUAACUACGAGUCACUACUUCAGAAAUGUUACAUAGGUCGUUUGGUAGUACUAGAUCCCAAAAUGAAUGCUGAAGAGUUGUUUUUUGGAUCUCCAAAAACUCCCAAACAGCAAGACACGAAUGGGAAUAAGCCAAAAUCAGUAGUGGACACAAUCAAAAGCCCUGGUUCCGAUGAAAAUGAUUCGAUAAGUAUUGCAAGUGAAUCAAGGACGAAGUUUGCCAGGAAAGCUGAUUCUUCCGACGAUAUAAAAUAUCUGAAAGAUCGGAUGUUUCAACCGAGGUUUGAUUGGAUCCAGAAAACGGAUUAUAUCACGAUCGUCUUCUAUACCAAAGCCCUGUGUAAUCCUCAAGUAGAAAUAAUUCCUCAGAGCCAAGACAAUGUCGUAUUCGUUUAUUUAACGUAUGAGUGCCAAGUUUUCACAAACGAAAUAACCUUUUCGAAAUCCAUCCAUUGGCCUUGCCAUACUAAAGUCCAUUUUGAAACUGGAAAGAUCGAGAUAAUAUUUAAAAAGACUGAAAGCAAAAUUUGGGAAUCGUAUGGAUCGUUGAAACAGAAAAGAGACGACAUCGAACGAGCUGAUAACGUCAGGACGCAUUAUUCGUUGAAAUGUAAAAAAGAUAUUAAUUAUAAUACGGCCCUGUUCGAGCUCGAGAGAGUGGAUAAUGGGAAAGUAAUAGUACCAUUAGGAAAACACGUAAAAAUUUAUGGAGUUAUUAAUGGUGAAGAGGUUUGCCGAUGUUACACGCCAAUUCCUCGGAGUUUGUUUGCCGAUUAUCGACCUCAACUGUACGCCACUGACAACAUUUGUUUAGCAAUAAAACGUUACGAAGACGGCAACAUUAGCAAAUACGUGCACAACAAGACAGUCGGAGACGUAUUGGACGUAUCGAAAGGAAUUGGCUCUUUUUGUCUGAAGGAUCUGGAGAGCAAGGAAGUUUACUUGCUAUUAGCCGCCGGGACAGGAAUAACGCCGAUGUUGUCGUUGCUUAUUUUCUUAAUCGAAAGGAGGAUACGGAGAUGUCAAAAAGUCCUUUUGGUAUUCUUCAAUCAAACGGAGAAAGACAUCUUAUUCCACGACGAAUUUAAUUCGUUGAGUAAAAUAGAAAAACGGUUCAAAUUAAUGAAUGUCCUUUCGAAUCCAGAAAGCACAUGGAGUGGCUUGAAAGGACACGUCUCUGCCGAAGUCCUCGGACAUGCAAUAGAAACCGUCUUAGAUGGCACUGCUUUUAAACAAAACGACAUUUUUGCCAUGGUUUGUGGACCAACUGUUUUCACACAGCUGACCGAAAAAUUACUCAAAGAAACGGGCUUCGAUAAAGACCAAAUCCAUCUAUUCUUAAGUUAAAAAGAAGUCUGGUGUUUCCGGUUUUAAUUUUUGGACGAAAUGGUGCUUUUCCUGAAAGAAAAAAAAUAUUUCCGUAUAAAAUAUAAAGGUAUGGGAUCACAUUUGUCAUUAGUUUCAUUUGUUCUUUUUUGAUUGUUGUCAGUUUUGAAAAGGAUGUUAUUCUUUUUUCUUAUUUUUAAAACACACAAUUCCUUCAAUUUCUAAAUUGAAAUAGCGUUUAAACUCUUGAUGAUGGGUUUUCCCCUAAAAUUAGUUCAUGAAGCAUCCAAUCAUAGAAUUUGUAUUUGCAGUUUUAAAUAUUAUAUAGACACUUAACGUAAAAGUAGAUUAAAAAAGCCAUUUGGUGCAUCGAAGUCAUUUAUAAGAAAACGCUAUUAAUUUAUAAAGUAACCAAUGUUUUUUGUAUGUUUAAUCUGUUAAAAAAAGACACAUCGUUUUAUGGAGCAAUAUUUUAUUUAUAUGUAUAUAAUAUAUGUGAGUAUUGUACCUAUGUAUCUACUUUUUAUGAUGUAAAUCGUACGCCAUUUUGCACAAUCAAACUUACACAACAUUUACAUAAUAUAUAUAUAAAAUACAAUUUCCUAAGGUAACUACACAUACAUAUAUAUAUUAUGUAUAUAUAUCGUUAUCGAAU